AUGGCCUCGAACUUGCAACCUGAGCCUGAUGAGCAGAUCGAGCUUCUACGACAUGAUGAUGAUCCAAUCUCCAGCAUCAUGAGUUCCACAAGCCUGAUCAUCUCUCCCUUCCAGCAGCUCGACAAACAACAGACCGCCAUCGCCAGCCUGCUGAACACAGUAGGCAAGGUUUAUUCCAAGCUUGACGAGGCUGAAAAGCUCUCAAUCGAAAACACGCGUUCUUCGCUGUUGUUGGCCUUAUCCGGAAUCACGCAGGCCGACGGCCAGCAGGACCAAGCACUCCGUCAAAAUGCAAUCACCCUCCUCUUGCAGGCAGUAAGCAAAGUUGUCGCGUCUGCCCAGAACAUCAAAAAAGCCUCUCAAGCUCGCAGUCAAGACCGUGAGUGCUACUUCAAUCGACUCCCCAACGAGCUCAAGGACAAGAUCUGGAAGUUAUGCCUUCCGCCUGGUAGAGUCUACGAGCCAAUCACCUACAACAAUCACCGGAGAUACGACCCAAGAAACAUUCUAUUCUAUCAGCACUGGGCACCUCCGAAGUUCAGAGAAAUCAACAGGGAGGCGCGCGAGUACUGCAUGAAGGCUGGCCAAUUCCGCUUCGGCCACUUUGAGGACUACUUGGGCCACGGAAGCAUGAGAUCGAUCUGGUACAACAACGAGCUGGAUGCCAUCUACCUCUCCGGUCCUCAACAGUAUUGGUUCGUCAACCGCCUCCAGGUGAAAAACCUCAUUAUCGGAGACGCUCUCGUCCUCGACUCGGACGAUCUCAGAGCAGUGCUAACAGGCGAUUGUCACGGCUGCGACAACCUCACGAUCGCGUAUCAGCCCCGGGGAGCUCCCAUCAAUGAGAACAGGGGACCGGAUCGCGAGGAAUUGUACGCUACUGAGCCAGUCUUCUACGCCGUGAAGGACAAUGAGCGCGUCUGCACUGAGAUAGUGGAUGCGGAGAAUUGGGACGAAGGCCUGCUGAAGACCUGGGCCGAACACAGAGAUGAGCUAAAGGAGAUCUUCUACGAGAAUGGACCCAAGACGAGAGAUGUCACUUUCCGUGCUGUGGAGGUUUUCCGGAAGCCUCGCAUCGAGAAGGAAGGUUAUCAUCUCAGACGAUUCUGCAGAGGAAGAGCAUAA